AUGCCUGCGGCAGCGCUCGCUCUGGUCGCCAUACUAGCUGCAGCUGUUUCGUGCGUACCGUCGACCCAGGACCUCAGGACCGACAUAACCAUCAUUCGAGACAAUGACCUCCUGGGUGAGUCUCAACCAGUGCCACAUAUCCAGAAGCCUCUGACUGACGAUGGCAACCUUCUAGACUCGAAAAGCCCAGCGGCCAAUACAAGCGCUCUCUUCCUCAGGGCCCGGGUGCCUUUACGAGAGGCCAAGUCCAUGUGCAAAGAUCUAGGCGAACAGCUGUGGAAAGCAGAUUCAAACUCCACGCAGAGGAUAUUAGACAUUCUCGACUAUCAAGAGCCCGAUGUUGACUUGUCAGCAAUCUGGAUCAUGCCCGAGAACGGCGAUGAUCCCCAAACGAUCAACCUCAAAGGCGAGGUCUCCUCUGCCGACACAUCCGACACGAAUACCGUUCUGUGCACGCAGACGGCGCCCUACUCCAACGGCAUAGCCCAGGACAGCAGUCCGAGGUGGCAGACUGUGGUGUACUCCAACAGAGAAGCAGUACUUGGCUUUCGCGAUAGGAAUAGCUUUCGCUUUCAUGGCAUGCGUUACGCUACGAGGACGAAGCGGUUCGCAUACCCUAAAAUGUAUCGAGGCUCUGGCGGUAAUGCUACCGCACUCGAAUUCGGAUCCCCUUGCUAUCAGGGGUUCGGCGGCACAGAAGACUGCCUGUACUUGAACGUUUACACGCCGUAUCUUCCCCGUAACAGACGCAUCGACAGCGGUCUCCGGCCGGUCAUGUUUUGGAUUCACGGUGGAGCUCUGACGAGUGGCUUUGGUAGUGAUCCCCUGUUUGACGGGGGCAAUCUGGCAUCUCGUGGCGACGUAGUCGUCGUGACCAUAAACUACCGGCUUGGGUCUCUGGGCUUUUUGGCCAUUGACGAUGGCGAGACAAAUGGCAACUUUGGUCUCGCUGACCAGAUUCUGGCGUUGGACUGGGUCCGACAACACAUCCGAGACUUUGGCGGGGACCCAAGCAAGAUCACCAUAUUUGGCCAAUCCGCCGGAGCUGCCUCCGUCCGCGCGAUGAUGGCGUCUCCAAAGGCUGCCGGGAAGUUUGCGGGCGCGAUCCCGCUCAGCAACCUUGGAGGCUUGGCGUACGGGACGUCAUACUCCAAGUACUUCUCCAUCGAGGAACAGCUAGACCUCGUGGGUAACGCCAUCCUCGGCACCACGAACUGCACCAACGCAACGUCGCAGCUCGACUGUCUCAGAGACGCGCCGCUUGGAAGUCUCGGACCAGGAGCGCGGUACCUCGUCAACGAUGGUGUCUACCUGACGACAGAUGAGUUGUCUCUUAGAGGCGACUCUCUCAAUGUCAACGUCAUGAUGGGCAUCACAUCUGAGGACGGCUUGCCGUUUCUGAUUCUCCCGCGGAAUGGGACAGUCCUCAACGAUACCCAGUGGCUCACAUCUCAGGGCCUCCCAGCUCCGCCACAGCGUCUUUUCCCUCCGACAGAUGUCAAGAACCAGACGCGGGCGGCGUUCGGGGUAGGUGCCAGGCUCGCCACCGACGCGAUGUUCCGCUGCGUAGAUCAAGCUACGGCGUACGCGGGCUUGGAGAACGGCGUCCUUGGGUCCAAGGUGUACUACUAUGAGUUUGAGCGGACGUACCAGACGCCCGAAUGGCCGCGACUCGACAUCUGCGAGGCACCGAAGUCAAAGGCUCACCCCAAUGGAAAUCCUGAGUCGCCCAUCAACAACCUACGAUGCCACUCGGGCGAGUUACUUCCGCUGUUUGGCAAUCUUGUGCGUCAGGGAAACCCGCUCCGAGACGAGAACGACUUGCCCUGGAUGCAAUAUCUCGUCGACACAUUCACCUCAUUCGCAAGGACUUAUGAUCCUAAUCCGGAUAAGGCCUUCCUCAAGGCCAGAGGGUUCGACAGCACGUUGAGGGCAUUGGAAAAGGCUGGGCCCUGGGAGCCGUCUGUGAAAGGUGACAUGAAGAUGAGGGCCAUCGAUUGGCCCGUGAAAGACAACAUGAUGAGAGGAUUCAAGGAUGUCGAGCAGUGCGAGUGGCUCAAGUUGCCGCUUGACUUUUACAUGCAUUCUUUGUUAAACAUGAAACGGAAAAGAUCACCUCACUUUCCAAUACCCCCAUUCGAUAGCCAACGUCUGGCGAGGAAGCAACUCACUACCAUGGGUGAUACUACGGUCGGAAAUGGAACCAACUGCAUGUGCAAUCAAGAUAGCUGUGGCGAAGCUAUCUGCGGCAAGGUCUUAUUGGGCCACGACUUAGAAUGUCGAAUUGCUUCAUCCUUCUCUCUCAAGUCUCUGGUGAACGUUCGCGUCUCCUCGCGUCGCCUGUUAGUUGCGGUCCCACGCGCCUGGUACAUCGCCCUCAUCAUCGAUGGAGGCAGCUAUCGGAUCAAGAGAGUCGUCACAGCUUACCGGUCUGCAUCGGCGGAGAUCAACCGGCUGGCACUCAAGAUCGAAAGAGUCGAGGUAAUAUGCGGUGCGAUCAAGGACAGUCUCGAGGGAGACGCAUCUUCGAGACAGUGCUCUGAUCUCAUCAGGACCUGGGGGGUAUGUGUUCUCAGAAGCAUCUCAUCGACGCUCGCCGAGAUCCAUGCCAUCACCACAAAGCUGGAACGGAAAAGUGAAAAGAGACAUCCCUUCAACACCAUGGGUUUGGCAUUCCUGGAAUGCAAAGAUGACAUAUCUCGGUUGAGCAAGUGGCUGGAUGAUGAUCUGAACUACCUGCAGCAUAUGAUGACUGCGGAGAUACUCUCUAGGUGCAACAUCGUCCAGCAGCUCACCAUUCACCACAAGACCGAAGCAUCUGAGUACUCAAACAUGAGCCCUAUUCAUAUGCAGUCCGCUUUGCAACAAGAUCACAACGGCGACCUGCCAUCCGAGCCAAGACAUACAACAAUGGUGGAAGCAGGUGAUCAGAAGACGGUCACAGCAUUCGGAUUUCAAUUUCAAAAUCAAACCAGGACAGUUCUCAAGAGGUCUAGCUCUCACGGUGCACCGGAGGUGUCCAAUACAAGCGAGAUCAAGACUUACACUUUCGGGCACAGCGGUUUUUCCUACAGGAUAGAAUUGCACUGGUCCAUGAGCAACUUGAGUCCCAUGGUUUACGCCCUCGCUGUCCGCCAUGUUCUCACUCAAGAGAAAGACGGAAAGCUGGUAGAGAGGAUGUUGUAUAUUAUGUGCGAUGGAGACUUGCCAGCGCUGCAAGACCUACUCUCUACCAGGACAAUCACUUUAGGCACCAUGCUGGGGGAUAGGACGCUGUUUGAGUCGGCAGCGAUUUGUAACCAGCCGUCUCUUUGCCGCUUCCUCGCCCAGCAGAAUCUUGAUCUGUGCAUAGAUGAGAACAUCUGUAGGCCUGACCACCAGGCCGGGUUGAUUGAUUAUCAACUUGAGCCUUCUCAUGCUCGGCGCCGUGUUCUUGAAGUAGAUGAAAUCGUUCAACUCACACAACUAUCCAGACCCAUGAGAUUUAGGCUACUAGCCGGUUGUGUUGAAGAUCUAGAUUCUCUGAUUGUUGUAUACAAACGGUGCAGAGUGCCUGCCGUGGAUCAAAUGGAGAGAAAAGCUUUCUUCGAUGCUGUCUGGGACAUGACAGUUCGCCUUUUGGUGAUGCAAGUCCAUCAUGAUCCGUUUUGGUACCCAGAAGGUCGGCGAACAAGUGACUGGACUGGCCUUUUUGUUGAGUUGAUCAACGAAGGCGUGAAUGUUCACAGAAUCUGCAACAUCCGGACUUACUAUGAGUUGAGUUUCUCUCGAUGGCAAGGAACUGUACUUUCUCAUCUUAUUCGAAGCUCGCGCUGCCACUAUGAAGUCGAGGCUGCCCUUUCACACUGGGUAAAGAUUUUGCUAGUAGCUGGAGUUGAUGUCGCCAGGUAUCUCCAACGCGAAGAACCCUAUUUUCAGCAAUUAACCGAUCGGAUAGUCCCUUGCAACGAGACCGGAGCAUGGGCUACAGUGGUAGGUAGAACAAAGAUUGAUGGGUUUGACAUCCCUCUGUUUUACCGAUAUGUCGACCCAGACAGCAAAGCAUAUGAAGUCAGAAUCGAGUUUAAAGACUUUGGCAGCUCUUACAAAAGUUAUGUUUGGCCCGAUUUCGAAGACUCAACGAUGGCAGACAACGCGCAUUGUCAGCAGCAUGUUUUGUGGAAAUCUUGCGAGGUCUCUGAAUCCAACGAAACUGAGUGGCCAUUUGUUUUCAACUUUGUGCGGGACUAUGAACCAAACAGGGGGGCCUUUUUUGUUCGCAGCCUUCGACAUACCGACGACAAUCCUCCUGCAAGUUUCCAAUACGCCCAGAAACUCAUUCAGGAGAGGUUCAACAGAAGGCAGCUGAAAAAACUCUACCGAUCUGGAUAUCUCAAAAGAGAAAAACGGCCGUUGAAGAUACCGGGGGCUUGGCCAGGUUCCGCAUGUCCAAUUGCGCAGCUCAUAAACUGUAUGCGUGAGAACCGCCACAAAUUUGAUGUCAACAGAAGCAAGAGGAAGUUCCAUCAACCAGGCUGUCUCAAGAGACACAAGGAACCGAGAGGCUUAUAA